AUGUCCAUAAAGGAGGAUGAUGUAAAGAAUGAUUCUGAUAAUGAUUUGGGUGAUGAUUUCGAUUAUCAACCGAAUGCAGAAGAUGAUGCUGAUGACGACGAUGUGGAUUCGCUGGAUUCCACUAGCAAGAGUGAAGAAGUUUGUGGUGUAAAAAGAAUAGCGGAUUUAAUGGUGGAGGAUAUUUGGAACCUGGAGUUUAGGACGGAGGAUGAGGCUUGCCAAUUUUAUAACGCUUAUUCUUGUUGGCAUGGAUUUGUAAUGAGGAAGGACGACGUGGUUAAGGAUAAUCAAGGUAGAAUCAUUAGCAGGCAACUUGUUUGCAACAAAGAGGGCUGGAGAAAUAUGAGGUAUCUUGAUAUGGAUGAUAGAUCAAGGGAGUCAAGGUCACUAACGCGAACCAAGUGUCCAGCUCGGCUUAGGGUAAAGCUUGACUACAGCUGCGGUAGAUGGAAGGUAUCAUGUUUUGUGGAAUCUCACAACCACGAUCUGACGCCACCCCAAUUUGCGCAUCUGGUACCGGCCAAUCGUCGUCUAACUGUCACUGAUAGAGUCCAAGUGGAAAAUCUUCAUAAUUUUGGUGUCAAGAGCUGCCAUAUUAUGGGGUAUAUUGCAUUCCAGAAGGGUGGAUAUCGUCAUGCUGGCUUCACACGGAAAGAUUUGUACAACCACAUCGAUCGCUAUCAUCGGGCAAAAGUUAAAAACGGGGAUGCCAAUGCGGCAAUAAACUAUUUGAUUGGCAAGUCAAACAACGAUCCGAUGUUCUUUGGAAAGUAUACGUUCACUAGUGACGAAAGGCUGGAGCAUAUUUUUUUGGCAGAUGGGCAGUCAAUUAUCAAAUAUCUCUGCUUUGGAGAUAUUGUUGCCUUUGAUUCAACCUACAAGAAGAAUAAAUACAACAAGCCUUUGGUCAUUUUCUCUGGAUGCAAUCAUCACGGGCAGACUGUUAUCUUCGGCCCCGGCCUACUAUCCGACGAAACCACAGAGACGUAUAAGUGGUUGUUGGAAACCUUUGUUGAAGCGAUGGGUGGGAAAAGUCCAAAAGCAGUAAUAACUGACGGAGACCUUGCCAUGCGAGAUGCAAUCAAGAAUGUUCUGCCUGAUGCGACCCAUCGGUUAUGCGGAUGA